AUGGCCAUCACCCAAGAACCGAAGGUUAAGUCCUUUGAGACGAGACUCUUCAUCAAUGGCAAGUUCGUGGAAGCCUCUGACGGUGGUAAAUUCGAGCUGAAAUCACCCGCCACGGGCGAAAAGUUCGUCAAAGUCUCCGAGGCAACGGAAGAUGAUACAAACGCCGCUGUUGCUGCUGCCAAAGCUGCAUUUCCGUCGUGGUCCGAGCUCUCUCCUGCAGAUCGAGGGGCCUAUUUCAAGAAGCUCGCCAAGCUGAUUCGCGAAUCCCACGAUGAGCUUGCUGAACUGGAAGCACUGUCAAUGGGACGUCCUGUCUCUGCGUACUUCGAGUCUUACGUCGCAGCAGAGUCUUUGGACCACUAUGCAGAGGCAGGUUAUGACGCUCUGGGAACAUCCAGUUUGAACACCCCUGGCUUUGUCAAUAUUACUAUGCGACAGCCAUAUGGCGUGGUCGGUGCUAUCAUCCCUUGGAAUGUACCGGUCUUAUUCUUGAUUGGUAAAAGUGCUCCAGCCCUGAUCGCGGGAAAUACCGUUGUGGUGAAGAGCAGCGAAAAGGCACCAUUGACUUCAGCGAAAAUCGCCACACUGAUCGACAAAGCCGGCUUCCCUCCUGGCGUUAUCAACAUCCUUUCGGGACACGGCCACAUCUCUGGAAAUGUGAUGUCACACCACAUGGAUAUUCGCGUCCUGAGUUUCACUGGAUCAGGUAGAACAGGACGUAUUAUCCAAGCCGCAGCUGCCAAGUCCAACCUCAAGAAUAGCUCGGCGGCAAAUCCCCCCGCGAUCAUCUUUCCAGAUGCCAAUAUCGAAAAGGCAGUCGAACAGACCAAGUUCAGCAUGCAAUUUAAUACCGGACAGGUCUGCAUGGCCAAUUCUCGCAUCUAUGUCCACGAGUCGAUCGCUGAAAAGUUUAUCGAGUCGUUCAAGAAGAGCUUUGCUGAUCUGAAGAGCGGCGACCCCUUACUCCCAACCACGCAGCAGGGCCCACAGGCAGACGAGCUGCAAUACAAGCAAGUCCACGCUUACAUUGAGGAGGCUAAGAAAGUUGGUAAAUUGGCCAUGGGAGGAGAGCCUUCUCAACACCAGAAUGGAUUUUUCGUUCCUCCUACGGUGUUCCUUGAAACGGCUGAAGAUACCAAGCCGAUGAAAGAGGAGAUCUUUGGGCCUGUCGUGCAUAUUAACACCUUCCGUGAUGAAGAUGAAGUCGUUGCGAAGGCCAAUGAUACUGAAUAUGGUCUGUAUGCGGCUGUUUAUACUAAGGAUGUCAGCCGAGCCCUGCGAAUGGCGAAAAAGUUGGAUUCGGGAAGUGUGGGCGUGAACUGUACUAGCCCGACCGGUGCGAAAGACAUGCCUUUCGGAGGUUAUAAGGCUAGUGGAACCGGUCGUGAGGGAUGGACUGUUAGCAUCAACAACUAUUUGGAGACUAAGAGUGUUCUUAUUAGUGUGGAUGAUGAGUGA